AUGGCGGGUUUGAAUGUGAGAGACCCUGCGGUAGAUCGUUCUCUACGUUCGGUGUUCGUGGGGAACAUUCCAUAUGAAGCUACUGAAGAGCAAUUAAAGGACAUCUUUUCUGAGGUUGGACCUGUUGUUAGUUUCAGGUUGGUAUAUGAUAGGGAGACAGGAAAGCCAAAGGGUUAUGGCUUCUGUGAAUACCAAGACCAAGAGACAGCACUUAGUGCCAUGAGAAACCUGAAUGGGCGUGAAUUCAGUGGAAGAGCACUUCGAGUGGAUAAUGCUGCCAGUGAAAAGAACAAAGAAGAACUGAAGAGCCUUGGCACUGGUGCCCCUGUCAUUGAGUCACCUUAUGGAGAGACCAUCAGUCCUGAGGAUGCUCCUGAGUCCAUUAGCAAAGCAGUUGCCAGUCUUCCACCAGAGCAGAUGUUUGAGUUAAUGAAACAGAUGAAGCUUUGUGUCCAGAAUAGUCCCCAGGAAGCACGGAACAUGUUGCUCCAAAACCCUCAACUGGCUUAUGCUUUGCUACAAGCACAGGUAGUGAUGAGAAUUGUGGAUCCAGAGAUCGCCUUGAAAAUUCUGCAUCGCCAGACAAAUAUCCCAACACUGAUGUCAGGCAAUCCUCAGCCAGUCCACAAUGCUGGACCUCCCUCAGGAGCCGGUGUACCAAUGAAUCAGCAGAAUCCUCAGGCCCCUGGGGCCCAGCCUAUGGGUGGCAUGCAUGUUAAUGGUGCACCUCCUUUGAUGCAAGCUUCUAUGCAGGCUGGAGUUCCAGCACCAGGACAAAUACCAACUGCUGUAACAGGACCUGGCCCUGGUGCCUUAGCUCCCGGCGCAUAUGUUGUUCUUUUGAGGAAAAGAGAAGAAUUUCUAUGUGGAAAGGACCACACAAGGACUUGUGGAGGGAUGCCGGCCCAGGUUGGAAUGCCAGGAAGUGGACCAGUGCCCAUGGAACGAGCACAAGGAACCCUACAGCACUCGCCCGUGGGACCCGCCGGGCCUGCAUCAAUUGAGCGAGUUCAAGUGCCGAUGCAAGACCCCAGAGCAGCUAUGCAGCGUGGGCCCUUGCCUGCCAACGUCCCAACUCCUCGAGGUCUGUUAGGAGAUGCUCCAAAUGACCCACGUGGGGGCACUUUACUUUCUGUAACUGGAGAGGUAGAGCCUAGAAGUUACCUGGGACCACCUCAUCAGGGUCCACCCAUGCACCAUGUCCCUGGCCAUGACAGCCGUGGCCCGCCCCCACAUGAGAUGAGGGGAGGGCCAUUAGCCGAGCCCAGACCUCUAAUGGCAGAGCCAAGAGGACCCAUGCUAGAUCAGAGAGGUCCACCCUUGGAUGGCAGAGGUGGAAGAGAUCCCCGAGGCAUGGACGCUCGGGGGAUGGAGGCACGAGCCAUGGAGGCAAGAGGAUUAGAUGCCAGAGGAUUGGAGGCCCGUGCAAUGGAAGCACGUGCGAUGGAGGCCCGUGCAAUGGAGGCCCGUGCAAUGGAAGUCAGAGUGAUGGAGGCCAGAAGCAUGGAUCCAAGGGGCCCAGUGCCUGGCCCUAGAGGCCCUAUACCUAGUGGAAUCCAGGGUCCAAAUCCAAUUAACAUUGGGGCAGUUGGCCCCCAGGGAUCCAGGCAGGUCCCAGUCAUGCAGGGGGCAGGCAUGCAAGGAGCCAAUAUCCAAGGUGGAGGCCAGCCUGGUGGCUUUAGUCCUGGCCAGAACCAAGUCACUCCACAGGACCAUGAGAAGGCAGCUUUGAUCAUGCAGGUUCUUCAACUGACUGCAGACCAGAUUGCCAUGCUGCCUCCUGAACAGAGGCAGAGUAUCCUGAUCUUAAAGGAACAAAUACAGAAGUCCACUGGAGCACCUUGAAAGGUUUUCAAAAAUACCUGGCAACAAAUAUGGAAAAUAAUUCCAUAACUUUGUUGAAAUGUUGCAAAAAGAUGACUUCUACAUCCUAACCCUUGAAUGACUCAAAUUGGUGCCAGGUGGAGGAUUCCCAUCACCUCUCUCAGAACAAAACUAGAUCAUUCUGUUGUCUUAGUUUGUAUAUUUUCUGUGACUUGAAAUAAACUUUGAGCACAGUUUUAGUAUA